AUGCGACCGCCACGCUUGCUCCUCGUCCUCUUUUGCCUAAUCUUCUUUCCGAUCCUCCUCACCUUCUUUUCCGCACUUACAUCACCCGAUGUAGCAACUCCAAAUACGCUCGCUGGUCGGACAACUGGACUGCGCGCUUUCUUUUCUUUCAACAUACCAUCGUCCCUUUUCCCUCCGUCGGCUAUUAUCAGUCUCACUGAUGACAACUCGACCUUCUUCCUUGCCCGACCAGCGGCAUUUGGCCCGCUGCUGCCAACCAAAGGUCUCAGCGGUCAGUUAUGGGUGGGAAGUGGCUUUGGUGAGGGGGGAUUAGUUGGUGGCGUGGAAGGGGAACUGGGUUGCUCCGAUAUUCCCGGCUGGGGUGAGGGCGCCAAUCAUAAGAAACAAGACAAAACCUCUAGGAGCGCGGAGCAGAGCUCCGGCAUCUCCGGGGGUAGCACAAUGAAUGAUCGACCAUCAAACCGCCCGCGAUCAGUGUCGCAGGCCGAUACUACACUUCAAAACGAUAGAAGUGAUCCAAUAACCCCGCCCUUGACGAACGACGGCACCGACGAUCAUCUACAUCAUCCACUCCCUGAAUCCGGAGUUUCCAACCCCGGGAUGAGUCAGAAGCAUGGGGAUUACGUCCAAAACAAGCCUGCUGCGCAUGCCGACAUCCAAUCGUUACAGGAAACUGCCGAAAUCCAGGGUAAGGUGGUGCUAUUGAGCCGAGGUGGCUGCGGGUUUUUGGAGAAGGCCAAGUGGGCACAACGACGAGGAGGGGUUGCUUUGAUUGUCGGCGACGAUACUCGAGGUGGCAACUUGGUCACUAUGUACGCGCGAGGCGAUACAUCAAACGUUACGAUCCCGGCAUUGUUCACAUCACACACUACUGCGCAUCUUCUAUCGUCAUUGGUUCCGGGACAUGCCAGUGGAACUGCCGGUUUGGGAGAUGUGUUAAAAUCAUCACAAGCGAAGCUAGCAGGACAAGCUGAUGCCGACAGAGAACGGGUAGCAACCACUACAGCAACAACAACUAUUCCAAGUCCGACUGCCAGCAGCCAUUCGGCAGCCAAGGGGAGACCUGCGCCGUCUCACUCGAAAGGGGGAUUUUUCCGUGCAAUUGGUGCCUUCCUCGGAUUGUGCGAUAAGAACGGAGGUUCGCAGCAUCUGGAAGACAGCCGACGUCCGCCUAGCAGCGGCAACAUUGACUGGAUCAACCUAGGCUCAUGGGAUGAAAAAGAAGCCCCAUCGAGUGCUUCGAGGAAAUCAACGGAUCUUAAUCAUCGUGGUCGGGCCAAAGUGGACGACACAUUCGACAGCCACAAGGCCGACAUGUCUCCUGAAAGUUUUGAGGAUGAUGACUUUGUCAUCGGGGUUCAGGACUGGAGAGAUCCCGACUUGAUGCCCCCUAAGAGUAGCACACCCCCGACAACUAGCACCUCUGUAGCUGGCAAGGAUACCUCCAAGACUGCCGGUGCGGAUAAAGACACCGCUGCCUCGCCUAAUGGUCUUCAGGGUGGUAGCAUCACACCAGGAAGUGGGGAAUAUCAGAGCAUUGACAAAUCUAGUGCCGGUUCUCAUGACGCGCGCCUCAAAGGGUCUAAUACAGAAUCUAUUGGAACUCAUGGGAAGUCUGGCUCUUCUACAAAAGGCUGGUUCUCAAGUCACUUUGGAUGGGGAGAUGAUACCCAGCAAGACUCUCAGCCUUCUUUGUCGCCCUCAUCUCAGAAAAACAUUGCAGCAAACCAGAAAAUGCAGAAUAAUCCUCACACAUCGAGCCAUCUAAGCGGGGAGACUUCCGAGCAUGAAGGUCUUUGGGUUACCAUGACACCUACCAGCAUGUCUACCAGCCCCUUUUUCGAUACUCUAUUGGUCCUUGUCGUCAGUCCUUUACUCACCCUAACAGUGGUUUAUGCCCUUCUGCUGCUCCGGUCUCGAAUCCGCCGUCGUCGCUGGCGUGCCCCGAAGUCUGUUAUUGAGCGGCUUCCUGUCCGAACAUACCACACAAUCACUACCACUUCUUCCUCAUCUUCCAACUCAACACGUCCCCCUAGUCCCGGUCCUGUCUCCCCAACUUCUCCACUCCUUGGCAAUGCAAGUCAACCAAGUGCAUCGCGAUCAAAUAGGUCACGUUCACAAACAUUUUCGGGCUCUAUGCUAGACUCAUCUGUCCUGCCUAAGGAAGAGAAAUGCAACUUGCAAAGCGGAUCUACCUUGUGGCGACGCAAAUACACAGGAAGGCAGGUGGAAUGCGUUGUAUGCCUUGAGGAAUACGUCGAUGGUCUGAGUCGGGUCAUGAGAUUGCCAUGUGGCCAUGAAUUCCAUGUGGAAUGCAUUACCCCAUGGUUGACUACUCGUCGACGAACUUGUCCAAUCUGUAAAGGCGAUGUUGUCCGUUCAUUGGCCCAUUGUCAAUCCGGUGAUUCCCAGGGUCAUAAUGAGCAGUCCAAUGAUGACGUUCACUCUGCCCAGUCAAUCUCUCGAGGCAGCGCAUCUUCCGCCCCAGUACCAAUUGAAGGCAUCAAUGACGAUGAUUCAGAUACGGAACAAAAUGCAGGUCUAGUUAGCGACCAUGCAAAUUCUGCCCCACAGUCAAGCUGGCGAAACCUGGCUACGCUUAGCUUUUCUGCUCUGAGCGGUGAUACCAUAUGGCACCAGGCUCGCGCGGAUCGUAAUCGCUAA